CCCUCCUCGCGCGGCCACCUCGACUCCACCUUAAACUCGCAGCGCUCUCCAGCCUUCCGAGAUGCUGCGGGCCUGUCAGCUGUCGGGCGUCACCGCCGUGGCCCAGAGUUGUCUCUGUGGGAAAUUUGUUUUUCGUCCAUUACAACCAUGCCGGAGAUACUCCACUUCCGGUAGUUCUGGGUUGACUCCUGGCAAAAUCGCUGGAGCUGGGUUUUUGUUCAUUGGUGGAGGUAUUGGUGGCACUAUCCUAUAUGCCAAAUGGGAUUCUCACUUUCGGGAAAGUGUAGAGAAAACCAUACCUUAUUCAGACAAACUCUUUGAGAUGACUCUUGGUGCCCCACCGUACAAUAUUCCAGUGCCGAAGAAGCAGGUCCAGCCUGGUCCAAUGAAGAUUUCCAGCGUAUCAGAGGUAAUGAAAGAAUCUAAACUGCCUGCGUCCCAAGUCCAGAAACACAGAGAGUCUCCAGCUUUAACAGGUGAUUCUUUGUCGGUCCCAGCCCCUGCGGUUCAGCUUGAGGAGUAUAAAAAAACUGAAAUUGGUGAAAGAAAACACAAGCCUGCGGCUUCAGAGGUAGCAUCUUCAACUUCUGUAGGGGAGCGACCACCAGAAGAAGUUGCAGCCCGACUUGCACAACAGGAAAAGCAAGAACAAGUUCAGAUUCAGUCUCUAGUCAAGAACUUGGAAGAAUCACUGGGCCUCACUGCUUCCGUCACUGUGCAGGCCAUUGCAGCUCAGAAGGCUGCGGUGCAGGCCGUGAACGCACACUCCAGUGUACUGAAAGCAGCCAUGGACAAUUCAGAGUUUUCAGGUGAGAAGAAAGCAACUCAGUGGCGCACUGUGGAGGGUGCAUUGAAGGAACGCAGAAAGGCGGUCAGUGAGGCUGCCGAUGCCCUUCUCAAAGCCAAAGAACAUUUAGAGAAAAUGAAAACAACACUUGAAAAUGCAAAGGAAAAAGAGGUUGCUGGGGCCAAGCCAUAUAUAACUGCGGCAGAGGAAAAGCUUCAUAGCAUGAUAGUGGACCUGGAUAAGGUGGUCCAAAAGGUCCAGGCAGCACAGUCUGAGGCCAAGGUUGUGUCUCAGUACCACGACCUGGUGGUCCAGGCACGGGAUGACUUCAGACGAGAACUGGACAGUAUUACUCCAGAUGUCCAGCCAGGGUGGAAAGGGAAAAGUAUUUCUGACCUAGCUGACAAGCUGUCUACAGAUGAUCUGAACUCUCUGAUUGCUCAUGCACAUCGCCGAAUAGAUCAGCUAAACAGAGAGUUGGCAGAGCAGAAAGCCAAAGAGAAGCAGCACAUUUCAUUAGCCUUGGAAAAACAGAAGCUGGAAGAAAAGCGGGCAUUUGACUCUGCAGUGGCAAAAGCAUUAGAACAUCACAGAGGUGAAAUACAGACUGAACAGGACAGAAAGGUAGAGGAAGUCAGAGAUGCCAUGGAGAAUGAAAUGAGAACUCAGCUUCGUCGACAGGCUGCUGCUCACACUGAUCACUUACGAGAUGUUUUGAGGGUGCAGGAACAGGAACUGAAAUAUGAAUUUGAGCAGGACCUGUCUGAUAAACUUGCUGAUCAAGAAUUACAGUUCCGCCGGCUCAGUCAGGAGCAGGUCGACAAUUUUACUUUGGACAUAAACACUGCCUAUGCCAGGCUAAGAGGAAUUGAACAGGCAGUUCAGAGCCAUGCCACUGCUGAAGAGGAGGCCCGGAAAGCGCACCAGCUGUGGCUGUCAGUGGAAGCACUCAAGUAUAGCAUGAAGACAGCCUCUGCAGAGCAGCCCACUAUCCCACUGGGGAGUGCAGUGCAGGCUAUCCAAGGUUGCACUGAUAGUGAAUUUGCACAGGCUCUGACUGCAGCCCUCCCUCCCGAGUCACUGACUCGGGGGGUGUACAGUGAGGAAACCCUGAGAGUUCGCUUCUAUGAUGUCCGAAAAUUGGCCCGAAGGGUAGCUAUGAUUGAUGAGACCAGAAAUAGCUUGUAUCAGUAUUUCCUUUCCUACUUGCAGUCCCUGCUCCUGUCCCCACCGCAGCAAUUGAAGCCACCUGCUGAGCUGCGCCCUGAGGAUCUGAGCACAUUUAAAUUACUCUCCUAUGCCUCCUAUUGCGUUGAGCAUGGCGAUCUGGAGCUGGCAGCCAAAUUUGUCAAUCAGCUGAAAGGGGAAUCCAGGAGAGUGGCCCAAGACUGGCUCAAGGAAGCCCGAAUGACCCUAGAAACCAAGCAGAUAGUGGAAAUCCUGACCACCUAUGCCAGCGCUGUGGGAUAGGGAACCACUCAGGUGAAACAAGAGCAGUCCAGUAAGAGUGUCAUAAAGCCGAAUUUGGUGUCCAAGGAAGCUUCGGUGAUAUGUGAAGGGGUUUGCAACAGGCUCCCAGCAUGGCCUAGAGGCAAGUGGUGACAGUGCUGUUCUGAAUGUUCACACCUGUUGCAUUUCUAGUCUUUCCAUUGCUAUCAUGUCAGUGAACACAGGGAGUACUUUCUUUGCAACUCGAGUAACAUUUCCGUUUUUCAGGUUUUACUGAUCAGGCUGUGAAGCAAUCAAAAUAAUGUUUGUGAUCCUAUUACUAUUGAUUUUGCCCCUUGGAGCAAACUGAAUAAAACAAAGAUGUAAACAGU